AUGCAUGAGGAACCAGGAACAAACUAUAUGCUCCGUGAGGAACCAGGAACAAACUAUAUGAUCAAUGAGGAACCAGGAACAAACUAUAUGAUCCAUGAGGACCCAGGAACAAACUAUAUGAUCCAUGAGGAACUAGGAACAAACUAUAUGACCCAUGAGGAACCAGGAACAAACUAUAUUAUGCAAGUGGAACCAGGAACAAACUAUAUGAUCCAUGAAGAACCAGGAAUAAACUAUAUGAUCCACGAAGAACCAGGAACUACUUUACUGGUGGACACAUUAAGUGGACUAUGUCAGCUGUUCUGUAAGACUGUAAGAUACGGAUGCCAGCAGGACCAGGAGUGUUCCACCUCCUACGAGGAUCAGUGCUCCACCACCUACGAACAGCAAUGUGCCACCAAGUACGAUCAGAAGUGUGAGACCAAGUACGAAGAUAAAUGUGAGACCAGGUAUGAAGACCAGUGCUCCACCAGCUACGAGAAUCAGUGUGAGACCAAGUAUGAGCAGCAAUGUAAAACCGAAUAUGAUAAUCAAUGUGAGACUAAGUAUGAGUCUAAGUGUGAGACCAAGUACGCCGAUGAAUGCCAUACUGAAUACGAACAGCAGUGUGAAACUAAAUAUGAUACCCAGUGUGAAACUAAGUAUGAAACUACCUAUGAGCAGCAAUGCGAGACCAAGUACGAACAGGAAUGCGAAACUAAGUACGAAACAACUUACGAGCAGCAGUGCGAAACUAAGUAUGAAACCCAGUACGAAACUAAAUACGAAAAGAAGUGUGAAACCCAAUACGAAACUCAAUAUGAGACCAAGUAUGAAGACAAGUGUGAAACCAAGUACGAUCAGGAGUGUGAAACCAAAUACGACGAACAGUGUGAAACUAAAUACGAAAAGCAAUGCGAAACUAAAUACGAAACUCAGUACGAGCAGCAGUGUGAAACCAAGUACGAGCAGGAGUGUGAAACUAAGUAUGAAACUGAAUACGACACCCAGUGCAGGACUGAAUACAAGACCGAAUACUCCACAACCUACGAGGACAAGUGUGAAACUAAGUAUGAGGAUAAAUGUGAAACCAAGUACGAAACCCAAUACGACACUAUUUAUGAGGAUCAGUGUGAAACCAAGUACGAACAGCAAUGCGAAACCAAGUACGAAACUACGUAUGAGCAGAAGUGUGAGACCAAGUAUGAGCAGCAAUGCGAGACCAAGUACGAACAGCAGUGCCAGACCAAGUAUGAACAGCAGUGUGAAACCAAGUACGAGGAAGUAUGUGAGCAAGCUCUACCCAGCUAUGGAUACGGAGCACCAGCAAGUGGAUAUGGAGCCCCCAAACCCGCCUGUAAAAAGGUUCCUAAGCAAGAAUGUAAAAAUGUGCCCAAGCAAGAAUGUCAGAAUGUUCCCAAACAGGAUUGCAAGAACGUGCCAAAGCAGGAAUGCAGAAAUGAACCCAAGCAGGUCCCCAAGCAGGAAUGCAAGAACGUGCCCAAGCAGGAGUGCAGGAAGGUUCCCAAGAAAGUCGCUAAGCAGGUUCCCAAGCAGGUUUGCAACAAGGUUUCUAAGGAAGAGUGUACGAAGAUCCCCAGACAAGUUCCCAAACAAGUUCCCCAAGAGGUUUGCGAGCAGGUCUCCAAGCAGGUUCCCAAGCAAGAAUGCCACAAUGUUCCCAAACAAGAAUGUCACAAUGUCCCCAAACAAGUUCCCAAGGAACAGUGCCAGAAUGUACCAAAGCAAGAAUGUCACAAGGUUCCCAGGCAAGAAUGCCACAAUGUCCCAAGGCAGGAAUGCACCAAGGUUGCCAAAAAUGUUCCCAAGAAGGUUGGAAAGGAAGUUUGCACUGAUAUCCCCAGACAAGUCUCCAAGCAAGUUCCUAAGGAAGAGUGCCAAAAUGUUCCUAAAAAGAUUCCCAAGCAAGAAUGCCACAAUGUUCCCAAACAAGAGUGUCGCAAUGUUCCCAAACAGGUUCCCAAGGAGGAGUGUCACCAGGUUCCCAAGCAAGAAUGCAAAAACGUUCCCAAGCAAAAGUGCGAGCGAGUUCCAAAAGAAGAAUGCAAGCAGAUCCCACGUGAAAGUUGCAAGAAGGUUCCCAGACAGAGCUGCCAGAAUGUUCCCAAACAAGAGUGCAAGAGUGUUCCCCGUCAGUCAUGCACCAAGGUACCCAAACAAGAAUGCUCUAAAGUACCGAAGCAAGAGUGCAGAAACGUUCCCAGACAAGAAUGUCAGAAUGUUCCCAAACAACAGUGUUCCAAGGUUCCUAAGGAGAACUGUUCUUCCUUCUAUCUAUGCCCUGUCUGUGAGCAACCAACUUACAGCGGUUAAACCCAACCAAACCUAUAUACAAACACCUCUAAUGCUUGAAACUAUACUUGUAUUAUUUAUUCAUAUUUAUUUAAAUAAAGACCUACGUAAAACAGA